CCUCUGUCCAGCAGUGUCCUCAUCAUCUUUAGUGUCUGCAGUUUUUGGUCAUCUCCUCUUCUAAUUCUGCAGUCUCUGGUCAUCUCCUGUACUAUGUCUGCAGUCUCUGGUCAUCUCCUGUACUGUGUCCGCAGUCUCUGGUCAUCUCCUGUACUGUGUCCGCAGUCUCUGGUCAUCUCCUGUACUGUGUCCGCAGUCUCUGGUCAUCUCCUGUACUAUGUCUGCAGUCUCUGGUCAUCUCCUGUACUAUGUCCGCAGUCUCUGGUCAUCUCCUGUACUGUGUCCGCAGUCUCUGGUCAUCUCCUGUACUGUGUCCGCAGUCUCUGGUCAUCUCCUGUACUGUGUCCGCAGUCUCUGGUCAUCUCCUGUACUGUGUCCGCAGUCUCUGGUCAUCUCCUGUACUGUGUCCGCAGUCUCUGGUCAUCUCCUGUACUAUGUCUGCAGUCUCUGGUCAUCUCCUGUACUGUGUCCGCAGUCUCUGGUCAUCUCCUGUACUGUGUCCGCAGUCUCUGGUCAUCUCCUGUACUGUGUCCGCAGUCUCUGGUCAUCUCCUGUACUGUGUCCGCAGUCUCUGGUCAUCUUCUGUACUGUUCGCAGUCUCUGGUCAUCUCC